AUGAAGCGGGACGUGCGCAUCCUCCUGCUGGGGGAGGCCCAGGUGGGGAAGACAUCUCUGAUCAUGGCUCUGGUGGGUGAGGAGUUCCCUGAAGAGGUGCCUCCUCGCGCAGAGGAGAUCACGAUCCCAGCUGAUGUCACCCCCGAGAAGGUCCCCACGCACAUAGUAGAUUACUCAGAGUCGGAGCAGACUGAGGAUGAGCUGCAGGAGGAGAUCGCUAAGGCCAACGUGGUCUGCGUGGUGUACGAUGUCACCAAGGAGGCCACGAUUGAGAAGAUUCGCACAAAGUGGAUCCCCAUGGUGAACGGGGGAGUUGAAAAGGGCUCCAGGAUCCCCAUUAUUUUAGUGGGAAACAAGUCUGACCUGCAGGUGGGAAGCUCCAUGGAUGUCAUCCUGCCCAUCAUGAACCAGUUCUCAGAGAUUGAGACCUGCGUGGAGUGCUCUGCCAAGAAUCUCAAGAACAUCUCUGAGCUUUUCUACUAUGCCCAGAAAGCGGUGCUGCACCCCACUGCCCCCCUCUACGACCCAGAGGAGAAGCAGCUGAAACCUGCGUGUGCACGAGCGCUGACCCGGAUUUUCAACCUCUCGGACCAGGAUAACAACCAGAUCCUUAGUGAUGAUGAACUCAACUACUUCCAGAAGUCCUGCUUUGGAAACCCACUGGCUCCCCAGGCCCUGGAGGACGUGAAGAUGGUUGUGUGGAAGAACACCACAGACGGGGUGCAGGACAACGGCCUGACGUUGAACGGCUUCCUCUUCCUCAACACGCUCUUCAUCCAGAGGGGCCGGCACGAGACCACCUGGACCAUCCUUCGCCGCUUCGGGUACGACGACGAGCUGGAGCUGACGGAUGACUAUCUUUACCCACAGUUCCGCCUGCCUCCCGGCUGCUCCACGGAGCUCAACCACUUGGGCUACCAGUUCCUGCAGCGGCUGUUUGAGAAGCACGACAAGGACCAGGACGGAGCCCUCUCACCCACAGAGCUGCAGAACUUCUUCAGCGUCUUCCCCUGCGUGCCCUGGGGCCCUGAGCUCUACAACACGGUAUGCACCACUGAUAAAGGCCUGCUUUCCCUGCAUGGAUUCCUCUGCCAGUGGACGCUCGUGGCUUACCUGGAUGUGCGGCACUGCCUGGAGUGCCUGGGCUACCUGGGCUACCCCAUCCUCUCGGAGCAGGACUCCCAGACACAAGCCCUCACGGUGACCCGGGAGAAGAGGAUCGACCUGGAGAAAGGCCAGACCCAGAGAAACGUCUUCCUCUGCAAGGUGCUGGGAGCCAGGGGCGCAGGCAAGUCCGCCUUCCUGCAGGCCUUCCUCGGCAGGAGCCUCGCGUGGCAGGCCCAGAAGGAGAACCCAGGAGAGCCAUCCCUCUACACGAUCAACACGGUGCAGGUCAACGGCCAGGAGAAGUACCUUAUACUGUAUGAGGUCAGCGCCGACACGAAGUUCGGUAAGCCGUCGGACGCAGCCUGCGAUGUCGCCUGCUUCAUCUAUGACCUGAGCGACCCCAGAUCCUUCAGCUACUGUGCCACUAUUUAUAAGCAACACUACAUGGACAGCCAGAUCCCCUGCGUCUUCGUGGCCUCCAAGACAGACCUGCCAGAAGCGAGUCAGCAGCCCGGGCUCUCCCCUGCCGAGUUCUGCUACAAGCACUGCCUCCCGCCACCCUUCCUCUUCUCCUGCCACGGCCAAGGCCCACCCGGCACCACCGUCUACACCAAGCUGGCCACCGCCGCCACCUUCCCCCACUUGAACGCCGUGGAGUUGGGAGCCGCAUCCUUCUGGCUCCGGGUGGCUCUGGGGGCUGCGGUGACUGCUCUGGUAGGGUUCACGCUGUACCGCGUGCUAGCCAAGAACAAAUGAGAGUCACUCUCCACCCUGUCCUCCCCGUGACACCAGCCUCCCCCUCCCGAUUGACACCCCAGUGAGGGGCCCUGCCUCAAGCUGGUCCCUGGUGGGAAACCCUCCUUUCCUCCCAGCCUGGCUUGCAGGACCAGCGAAACCGGACUUCCCAGCACCAGCAGGAUAGAUCCCCCCAGCACUGGCCAGCCUAACCCUGCCGGCCUCUGCCGCCUCCUCGCCCACGUGGCUCCUGCCCAGCCACGGCAGCGGGGACCAGGUAGCACUGCCUGGUGGCUCUGCCUCACUGCCAGUGGGAGGAUCACCCCCAUCUUUUACUCUGUUAAUUAUUUUUUUUUUAACGUUUGUUUUUAAGCUCAAACAUGAGUGUUUCAGUAUCUGUUGGGCCAGGUACAUCCCUUCCCCUGAGGACUGUGCUGGUGCCCUGAAUUCUGGGGAGCAACACUCCCGGAGCCCCUGGGGCCUCCAGCAGCAACAGUUUUCAAACGGGCUCAUGGCUUCACCCCCCCGGGGCACACCUCUAUCCCCAGUCCCUGUUUCCCUCUGCCAGCGCUGGGAAAGGCAGCUGUGGAGGGCUAGGUGCUUACAGCCCCCCCCCAAGCCCCUGUGUUUUGGGGUCACUGCUGGCCCCUCUUGCUGGGACGCUGUGGCUGCAUAGGCCCCAGGCUGCAAGGGGAGGGAGCGAUACCCGGGACCUGUCCCAGGUCCCUUCUCUCUCUUGUUUCUGUGCAAAAAUACUGAGUCCUGCAGCGUGCCAGGCUCUCCGCCCAUCUGCCCUCAUCCCCUGCCCGGCUGCGUGGCCCGUCCCCUCCCCACGCCUGCCCUGGCCACCAGUAUUCAUGGCCACCAGUAUUCGCAGGGCCCCAGGAGCCCUGGUAAGCUGGGGAGCGUGGCGAGGGUGUAGGGUGCCCAUUGCACUCCUGGUCCUUUCCUGGCAAUGCCAUGGCCAUGCCAUACGGCCCUUGCCCUGCUGUCUCUUCCGCGGGGCCCUGGCUGCGCUGAGGCUGUCCCAGAGUGCGAGGCUCUGGGCGUUGCGUCUCCUGGUAUGACUGGAAGCUCUUUCCUCCCCUGCCCACAUCCCAGCUGGCCUUAGCUGCCAGGCAGCUGCUGUGACUUCAGCCCAGUGCAAAAUCCAAGGCUGGAGUCCCACUGCAUCCCUGUUUCCGAGUCCCAAAGAGCGAGGCCAGCCUGUGCUGGCCCCCCGUGCUCAGCUCACGCCUGUCUCGGGGUUCCCAUCCUGCCUGGGGGGAGCCGGGGUCAGCUCCUGGCUCAGUGACGCUAGCUUUUAGGCUUUUUGGGCACACUCAGGGUAGGUUUAUUUGUAGGCAGCUGGUGGGGCAGCACCGAGGUACAGCUGGAGCUGCUUUUCUGUAUGUUUUGUCUAUUUAAACUUUUUAUCGUGGCCUGGAGCCGGUAAGGGGGAUGAGAAGUCGCCGGGCGGCAGGCAGCACCUCUUAUGGGGGCAGUCCCAGGGUGGUCCCCGGCCCCAGCGCUGGCCAGACAGGGCGUCCCUGCCUGUGCCGGAGCCACUCUGCCAGUCAGGCACCCGCUGCCAUCGUGCUCGCUGCUGGCCUAUAGUUCACGGCACUGUCAGGGCCAUGUCGCCGGUGUUGCCGUAUCCCUUCUCCGUGCCCGAGCCCACCAUGCGUGGCUCUGCUAGCCAGGUCCACAUCUGGUGGUCUGACCCCGCUCCCGGCACCUGUCCAGGUCUGGCAAAGCCAUACUGUUUUAGGAGGUUUG